ACUCUUCCCCAAUAACAAGUACCGCCACAUGUCAUGCAUCACCAGGUCUUUCUCUUCUUCCUCUUCACACACUUCUUUCUCUCUUCUCUCCCAAUCUCUCUCUCUCUCUCCUAUGAUCUUCGUACACCUUUAACAUAUCGUCACUCACUGAACUUCUUUCCAUUUCUGUCACUCUACCGGCAUAACGUUUCCGAUCAAACUUCUAAAACCUAACCUAAUCAAAGCAACUCCUCAACCUUUUACUUUUAUCUUCGUCUUUUUCUUCACAACAAUCAUUCGUUUAUUAUUAAAUUCAAAUCAAAAUAUCCAAAGUUUCUCGCUCUGUUUACGUUUCGAAUAAGCUUAAAAUAGAAAUACAAAUUCAUCUCGAUCAUUUCCAUUACUUUGAUGGUUGAAUUACGGAUAUGCAACUGUUCAAAGUUCUUCUAUUACUAAACAAAUUCAAUCCCUAAGAAUAUUGUUCUCAAAUGGAAAUUUGAUUUUUCAUGCAUUAAUAAUCAAGGAACAGUAUUGUAAAAAAGUUAAGUCAUGGGUGGUAUCUGUUCUAGGAAGAGACAAGUUAUAGAAGAUGAUUUACGCAGGGGAGUAUCUGGAAGGUACUGUACAAGUGCAAGCACAAAAUGGUUAGGAGCAAGAAGUUUACGUUCUAGGACAAAUCAUUUUCCUGGAGUGGGUACUUGUCCCUCUCUUAUGGAUUUAUGCAUAAAUAAGAUGCGUGAGGAUUUUCAUAAAUACCAUACGUUUUCAAUUCUACCAAGAGACAUAAGCCAGCAGAUCUUCAAUGAAUUGGUGGAUUCUCAUUGUCUUACAGAAGCAUCUCUUAAUGCUUUUCGUGAUUGUGCUCUUGAGGAUGUUUACUUGGGAGAAUAUCUUGGAGUGAAUGAUGAUUGGAUGGACGUCAUUGCUUCACAAGGGUCUUCUUUACUUGCUGUUGAUGUUUCUGGCUCUAAUGUGACCGACAGUGGACUGCGACUCUUAAAGAAUUGCUCAAAUAUUCAAGCAUUGACCCUUAAUUACUGUGAUCAAUUUUCUGAGCACGGACUCAAACACAUCAAUGGUCUAUCAAACUUGACUUCAUUGAGCAUCAGGAAGAGCUGUGCUGUCACACCGGAUGGAAUGCGAGCCUUUUCCAACUUAGUUAAUUUGGAGAAGUUGGACCUUGAGAGGUGUUCAUAUAUUCAUGGCGGAUUUGUUCAUUUUAAAGGUCUGAAAAAGCUCGAGUCUCUUAAUAUAGGAUGCUGUAAAUGUAUUACGGAUUCCGACAUGAAGGCCAUCUCAGGUUUUAUUAAUUUAAAGGAGUUGCAAAUUUCCAACAGCAAUAUUACUGAUCUUGGGAUUUCUUACUUAAGAGGUUUGCAGAAGCUUGCCACAUUAAAUGUUGAAGGGUGCAAUAUCACUGCUGCAUGCUUUGAGUAUAUUUCUGCCUUAGCUGCCCUGGCAUGCUUAAAUCUCAACAGAUGCGGUCUUUCCGAUGAUGGAUUUGAGAAAUUUUCUGGUCUUACAAGCUUGAAGAGGUUAAGUCUUGCAUUUAACAAGAUUACAGACGUGUGCUUAGUUCAUCUAAAAGGUUUAAAAAAUUUGGAGUAUUUGAAUCUGGAUUCUUGCCAGAUUGGCGAUGAAGGGCUUGCGAAUUUGACAGGCCUCACUCUCUUGAAAAUCCUAGUGUUGUCUGAUUCUGAAGUUGGGAACGGCGGGCUUCGAUAUUUAUCAGGGUUAAGCAAACUUGAAGAUUUGAAUCUGUCAUUUACUUCAGUAACUGAUAAUGGCCUGAAAAGGCUCUCAGGACUGACAAGUCUUAAAUCACUUAAUCUGGAUGCUCGACAGAUAACUGAUUCUGGACUGGCAAAUCUUACAAGUCUGAGUGGAUUGAUAACUUUGGAUCUCUUUGGUGCCCGUAUCACUGACUCUGGAACUACAUAUUUACGGUCGUUCAAGAACCUGCAAUCCCUUGAGAUAUGUGGUGGAUUUUUAACUGAUGCAGGUGUGAAAAAUAUUAGAGAAAUUGUCUCCCUUACACAGCUAAACCUUUCUCAGAAUUGCAAAUUGACAGAUAAAACCCUGGAGUUAAUUUCUGGAAUGACUGCGCUGAAGUCACUAAAUGUUUCAAAUUCUCGUGUAACAAACCAAGGACUACAAUAUUUGAAGCCUCUAAAGAAUUUACGCACUCUUUCCUUGGAGUCUUGCAAUGUCAAUGCAGCUGAAAUUAAGAUGCUCCAUUCAAAUGAUCUUCCAAAUUUGAUAAGUUUUCGGCCAGAGUAGACAAGGUGAUAGAAAGAGUUCGGAUCUUAGCAUGGUGAACAAACAAUUCUCUGCACAUAUUUAUUGCUACUCUUUAGAUAAUCAUAAAAUAAUGAGUUGAAGAUGAAAGCUAAAAAAGUUAUUAGGCAUGUUAGUGUAAUUAUGCUUUAUUUUGCAUGUCGAGUAAUACUUGUACAUGUAUCUUUUUCUUUCUUUUCUUUCUUAAGUGUGCAAGUCAUGCCAGGUAUUGUGCAUUAUUGUAUGUUUGUAAAUAAAAACAGGUAUUGUGCAUUAUUGCAUGUCUGUAAAUAAAAACGAUGGAAGCAAUGACAAAGUUUAUGCAUGACUAA